AUGAUCACCUGGAACCGCGCAUGCAGAGGCGCGCAACACUUCACACUCCAACCAGCGACAAAUCGAAGAUGGCUUUCUCAAAAUUCACUGGAGUGGCUGGCUGCAAGACCGAUUCAGUCAUACAUCUCGACAUCUCGUGACCCAUAUCUGAAUCUCUCUAUCGAGCAUUACCUACUGCAGAAAUCGGCACCUGACUCGACCAUAUUACUCCUGUAUAUCAAUCGACCCAGCAUUAUCAUAGGACGAAACCAGAACCCAUGGUCGGAAGUGAAUCUCGCUCUACUCGACUCUGCUCGGAAUGCAAGGCCAGAAACCGAGCCGUCUGGCCUAGGAGUAGUCGAUCUUGUGCGGAGACGAAGUGGUGGCGGUACCGUCUUCCACGACGAAGGCAACGUCAACUGGACUGUGAUCUGCCCGCCCAGGACCUUCACGCGCGACAAGCAUGCGGAAAUGGUUACCCGAGCAUUACGCAGCUGCGGCGUGGCGCGUGCCAAGGUUAAUGAACGACACGACAUCGUCCUUGAUCAAGGUCAGACGGUGGCAGACGUUGACCGCGCAAAUAUGCAUGUCACGCCUUAUACGCACUCAAGCCACCCCAGUAGACCGCUGAAGGUGUCCGGGUCUGCAUACAAGCUGACAAGGCAGCGAGCUCUGCAUCAUGGUACCUGCCUGCUCUCUUCGCCAAAUCUGAACGUUAUACCGCACUACCUGCACUCCCCUGCCAAACCGUACAUAACUGCACGUGGCGUGGAGAGUGUGAGUUCGCCUGUCGGUAAUAUACUACUCGAAAACGAAGAGUUCAUUGCUGCUGUGCAGAAGCACUUUGCGCUGAUGUAUACUGCUGGCGAAAGCAUAGAGGCACUUGAAGUGGGCGAUGAAUGGCUCGAGAAUGACACAGCGCGCAAAGGAUAUGAUGAGCUCAAGUCGCUCGACUGGACAUACCUGCAGACGCCACAAUUUACCGUUUCGAAUGCUUCCGACAUACCCGCUACUGUGGAUCUGGACCUGACAGUACGCAACGGUAUCGUUAGCGCUGGUACCCUGGCCCGUCGAGGUGCCUCAGAGACUAUUGAUUCGCGGGAAAGCGUUGCUCGUCCGAAACUACAUGAGAUCGAGUCCUGGCCGAGCGGUCUCCAGGCGAUGUUUCCCGAGGUCACUAACGCUGAGCGUGAUAGACUGGCUGCUUGGCUUAAGGAGGUAUUGCCUCCUUCUCAUGUGGCAUCUAGCACUGUAUGA